AUGCGAUUAUCUUCGGCCCUUUUUUCAAGUGUUCGAGCCCUACUUAGAGCGGAGAAAGGGGCCGCAUUCUUAGCUGCGGUCGACGCGCGGUUGACUGCUCAUCGAUCAGGAGAUGCUUCGAAUGGUGGUGACCUUCGAGCCGCCUAUUGGGAUGGCAUUUCGAGGGCUGCUCAUAAAGUUCAGGAAAAACGUAGCGAGAUCGAGCAAAUCAAUGCGUUAGCCACAGCGUCAGCAGAUGCGGAACUACAAAGUAUAGCAGAAGAGGAACGAGAGACAAUCGAAUGUUCGUUAGCUUCUGCUGAGGACGAAUUGGUCGACUGUAUCGUACCGUUGACGGAAGUAGACGUGCUGAACAAAUGUCAACUGGAGUUCACCAGCGGUGCCGGAGGUCAAGAGGCGAUGCUGUUUACCGGUGAAUUGCUGGAGAUGUAUGCAAAAUACACGGAAUGGCGCGGUUGGAAUUGGACACCUCUUCAGAUGCAGAACUCCGAUCUCGGCGGAAUACGCUCAGCGCUAAUUGCAAUAGAAGGAGAAAGAGCGUACGCAGCCCUCAGGUUUGAAGCAGGAGUCCACAGAGUUCAACGAAUUCCGCAAACUGAUAAGUCUCGAAUGCAUACGAGCACUGCCAGUAUAUCCGUUCUUCCCGAACCCGAAGAGGUUUCUGUUGUGGUCCCUACGAACUCGGUGAAAAUUGAGACUAUGCGAGCGUCCGGUCCAGGUGGUCAAAACGUCAACAAAAGGUCUACAGCGGUUCGGAUCACCCACAAGGAGACUGGCAUAGUAGUUCACUGCAUGGAUGAACGAUUCCAACAUCUCAACAUACAAAUAGCAUUCAAACGUCUGGCUGCUAUUCUUAUGCAACGAAAAGUGGAUGAGGUUAGCGAAAAAUUCACAUCGGAUAGGAAGCUGCAGGUUGGAACCAAAGCUCGAGCUGAGAAGAUUCGAACAUACAACUUUCAACACGAUAGGGUGACUGACCACAGAUUGCAACUACAGAUUCCUAACGUCGAAGAGUUUAUGCGAGGCCAGGAUUCAUUAGAUGACGUUAUCCGGAGGCUGAACGACAUGUACAAGCAGGAGCGAUUGAAAUACAUCCUGGACUACUGUAUUCUGGACUAA